GCAAGAAACAAGAAGCAGAGAGGUUGAAGAAAGAAAAGGAAGAGGAGGAUCGACGAUUGAAGGAAAAAAAAGAUAGGGAGGUGUUCGAGAAAGAAAUGAACGAUGCAAUGAAUGCUAGGUUUGAGACUGUUUGCGAUGCUUUCCGCGGACAGAAGAAGAACUCGGAAGCAGAUGUGCAGAAGAUCCAAGUGUUGGAAAAAAAGAUUCAAGGUUUAAAGGUUGCACAAAGCACGAUGGCUAGAAAUGAUGGCGCCUCUACCACUAAGAUGGGCGUGCGAGACGACGCGUUGCUUGCUCGGAUAUUGCAAAAGCAUGAGGAAAUGAAGGCAAAGAUGGACGUGGCAACGGCGGCCAAUAAAAGGGUCGAAUCUCUUGAGGAAGCUUUAAGAGUAUUGAAACAACAGCAUGAAGACGCAGUGCUCGAAGCUGAAAAUUGGAAGAAGGAAGCCCUGCAGACUGGCAACAAACGGAGCAGAAUGGCGACGUCCCCAACUUCCACGCUGAAGAUACCAUCGUCGACAUUGAAGAUUUCACCUGAUGCUACGCCAAGGAAAACACCUGUAGAACGUGUUGAGGAUCCUUCACAGUUGAUGCAACUACAUACAUUGGAGGUGAAUGCUCUGAAAGAGCUUCGGCUGCAAAAGCUGAAUCGACGACAAGAGGCUGAGCAGGAGAAUGCCAAACUCAAAGAAGAGUUGGCGAAAUUGGCUGCGAGCAAAUCUGUUCCGAAAUCUGCUUUUCAGCAGAAGUUGGAUGACGCGGAAGGAUCGGCUGCAAAGACAGGAACAGGGAAGAAGAAACCCGGUGAUGGAGAGGAGGGUACCCGAUUGACUGAACGAGAAGUGUUCGUUAAGGAUGCGAAGAAAGAGCUGGGGAACAAACGUAAGGACGAGUUAAUUGAGAUUUGUAUGAAGGAAGGCGUGAAGUACAAUACUAUUCCAAAAACGAUUACGGAUAUCAUCGAGAAGCGGGUCGAAAGAGCCUUUGGGAAAAAGGCGGAAGUUCAGGAUAUUUCUGAGGAUGGGUGCGAACCCAACAGUAAGGAGGAUUCGAGGAAUUCAGCUGAUUCAUAGAAUCUCUUUCGAGCGCGGCUUCCCUUUGGUCAUUAGCAAAGUAUUGUACGAA